AUGGCCGAAUACCCAAAGCGCAACAGGACCCGAGUCGCUGAUCUCGCCUCUGGAUUCCCCCACGUCCCAGCUUUUGACGGCGAGGAAUCACUCGACAAGCCUCAGAUCGCUUCAGAAUUCAUCAGAGAAUUCUCUUCUGCUGUUAUCAGUUCAGACUGGGACAAAUUCGCUGACCUCUUUGUUGAGGAUGCUUGGUGGAGGGAUGCGCUUACUCUCACCUUUGACAAGCGUACGAUCCAUGGUCGAUCCGCGAUACAGUUAGCAUGGAAGACUCUAUCCGAGAAUCACAAGCGCAAACCCUCAGAAUUCUCCGACAACCCAACAGGAAUCUGGGGCAUGACUCCCCAGUACAUGCGCUUUUCUCCGACCCUUGCUUGUUUAGAUGUGCCUUUUGGGUUCCGCACUGAAGAGCCGCGCUCCAAAUGCGUUGGUCAGGCGAAACUCGUCCAUGUCGAUGGGAAGUGGCUUAUUUGGAUCUUGAGUACAGCUGUCCAAGAACUGAUUGACCACCCAUUUGAGCAAUUGCCUCGUUUGUCCAAGUCCUCAAUUGACAGUUCUCAACGAGGCAUACCAUCUGCUCAAGGUCUACCCAACCUCUCUGGUGUUCUUGACGCCGUUGUCAUCGGAGGAAGUUCCAGCGACUUGGCCAACACAAUCAUGCUCGAUUCUGCUGGCGCCGACGUCGCUGUGUUUGAUGUAGAGCUUGAAGCAGGUGGGAAUUGGUCCACGUCACGAUACUCUAGCGUUGUUCUCCAUCACAAUAGGAGCAUGGUUCAAUUGCCUAUGUUUCCCAUCCCAUCUGACGACUACCCAGAAUACAUGGGAGGCAAAGACUUGACGAGGUACAUGUCAUGUGCAGUAGAACAGCUCAAGCUUCCGUUCUUUGGAGGUAUACAAGUCACUGGUAGUACAUGGCAUGAGAAUGCUCAGUAUUGGGCGAUUGAUCUAAAAGACAUUCAAUCGGGCAACACAUCCACGAUCAAAGCCAAGAACCUCGUUCUGUCCAAUGGCUUUCUCAUCUCAAAGGCAAACACUUACAUUCCACCUCUUGAAGGUCGGGAAAAAUUCCACGGUCCAGCUCAGCAUACUUCCGAGUAUCGCGACACAACCUUGUACAAAGACCUUGAUGUAGUUGUCGUCGGGUCCGGAAACUCUGCUCACGACGUGGCUAAAGACCUCGCCCUCAACGGCGCAAAGAGCGUCACCAUGCUACAACGAAGUCCGACGACACUGUUAGACUUUGACAUGUUCAUUUCGGUCGUUUCAAUGCGUUAUCAGGGUCAAAUGCCCGUUGAAGCAGCAGAUUUCCACGAAAACUCUCUACCUCUAGGAGUAAUGCGCGACAUGGCCAGUGGGUUAAUGUCAUCUCUCACUCAAACCAUGGAACCGCGUCAUAAACUCCUUCAAGAAAAGGGUUACCAGAUAGAGAAACAGGUCUGCUUACCUUGUCGAGCAUUUGAGGAACGUGGGAGGUCUAUUUACAUUGAUCAAGAAAGAGUGUUUGACUUGGUUUUGUCGGAUCGCAUCCGCAUUGCCAAUGGUGAAGCAAAGGGACUGACAGAACAGGGACUCAUUGUAUACGACAAGGCUGAGAAUAAGUCGAAAAUAAUUCCAGCGGGAGGUAUAGUCUUUGCGACGGGAUACAGAAAUGAGGAUUUGCCAAAGAAGUACGCCGAUGCUGGUUUCAUUGACAAGGAAUCAGCGGCUCAUCUUGAGAAUGUGAGCGUACCGAGUGUUGACGAUGAGGGCGAGCCUCCUGGUUACGUGACAUAUUCCGGUCACCCUCAUCUGUACUUUGCUGGUAUUGGAUUCUGGAUGUGUCGAUGGAUUAGUCGCUAUGUCGCUGUGCAGGUCAUGGCUGAUGUCAAGGGCGCAUUCCCUGAACGCUAUACACGAGGUUGA